AUGAAAUUCUGGCACGAAUUUCUUGGCAGUUGUGGUUCUCAUUCGACUCUUCCAGAGGAUGAUGAGCUUGAGGAUGAGACGGACGUUUUAGGGACUUCUGGAGCUUCGAGUAUUCCCUUAGGUCGACACCGCCCCGAGGAGCUGACGACCCUGGCAGCGAAUACCCGAUUUACCCGCAAGGAGAUUCAGUUGAUUUACCGAGGGUUCAAGCAGGAGUGUCCCACUGGACUUGUCGAUGAGGAAGGAUUCAAGCAGAUUUUUGUUCAAUUUUUUCCACAGGGUGAUGCAAGCCAGUAUGCUCAUUACGUAUUCAAUACAAUAAAACGAAAACAAUCUGGAAAAAUAAGUUUUGAGGUAAGACAAAACUUUCUUAAAUGUCACUAA